CAAAAUACAAUACCAAAGAUUAAUAAUAGCCAAAGUGUGAAAAUGGCCGAGGAAGUGAAGCUGUUUGGCGUUUGGGGAAGUCCUUUUAGUCGCAGAGUAGAGAUUGCUCUGAAACUUAAAGGUGUAGAUUAUGAAUAUGUUGAAGAAGACCUUUCAAACAAAAGCCCUUUGCUUCUCAAAUACAACCCUGUUCAUAAAAAAGUCCCUGCUUUUGUACACAAUGGAAAAGCAAUAGCAGAGUCCCAAGUCAUUCUUGAAUACAUUGAUGAGACCUGGAAAAACUCUCCAAUUUUGCCUAAGGACCCUUAUGGCAGAGCUCAGGCACGUUUUUGGGCUAGUUUCAUCGAUGAGAAGUGCCUUCCUGCACUAUGGAAAGCCAGCUGGCCGUGUGAGGACCAUGAGAAGGUUAAGGACGAAGCAAGAGAGCAUCUAAAAACACUGGAAAAUGAACUAAAAGAUAAAAAGUUCUUUGGGGGAGAGACUGUUGGUUUGGUGGAUAUUGUUGCCAACUUUAUAGCCUAUUGGCUGCCACGUAUUCAAAAAGCUACCGGGGCGGAGCUGUUGACUGAAGAGAAAUAUCCCAAGCUAUACCAAUGGGGUCAUGAAUUCGAGAACCAUGGUGUUGUCAAGGAAAAACUGCCUCCUAGUGAUAAACUAAUUGCUUUCUUCAAGGAUCGUUUUGAAAGCGUUUCCACUUCCAAAUAAAAAUGUUCUGAAGUUGAAGUUCUAUAAUACCAUGAUCAUGUUUCAUGAUGAUGAUGGCUAUGGAUAAGAAAAAUAAGUCGAAUUUUGUGUCAAUAGGGUUUGAUGUGUGUGUAAUGUUUUCCAUGUAGAAAUUUCAAUAAGUAAAAACCAUACUAUAGUU